UUUUGAUCGAAGUUGUUAAAAGGGGUAGUAACUACUAACGAAGUAGUAAAUCAUGAUUUCAUUAAUAUUCAUAAAAUUGCUUCUAAUAUUUGUGUCGAGUACAAUAUCACAAAAUACACUGCAAUGGAAUUUGAACAUGACUACACGAAUUGCCGUGCCUUUAGUUCGAGAAUUUUCGGAACCAUGGACGAGUCAUACAAUUCAAAACCAAUUCUCUCAUUAUAAAACUCAUUUUGAAAUAAUAAUUAAACGAGGUACAACAUUCAAUUUAACGGUAGAAACCUCUUCUCAAAUACAAAAUUUGUAUUUUUACUGUCUUGCUGAUUCUCCAUAUGAAACAUUAAACAUAUUGGAUCUUACGGGGAAGGGAAAUUUCACCAAAACAUUAACAGCAAAUUUUGAUUGCGUGCCUAUGAUAUCUGUUUCAAAUAAUGUUCCAGUACGAAUGAUUAUUGAAACCAAAAACUGGUUAUCAUUGCCAAUUUUUGAUUCUAAUGAUGCAUCACUUUUCGAAUCACAAGAAUUUGAGUCUGAAUUUUACAAAAAUGUACAAAUUUAUGGAUUCGUUGAAAAUUAUUACACACAAAUGUUAUUAUCAGUAAAUGAUAUUGAUACUUUAAAGUCGUUAAAGUAUAGUCUAUAUCUUGGUUUGGAAAAUCAGGUUGAUAUAAUAGAGUAUUAUGAUUAUUUAACUGGUUUCAGUCCCUACAGCAGUAAAAAUAUUGUACCAUCAUUGAAAUUAAUUGAUCGAUCAUCAUUAUUUAUACGUUCAGAAAAAUGUGACAAAUACACUUUAAAUCUAAAUACACAUACUUGUCCGGAAACGAAUAUGAACCUUCAUUUUAUAUCUGCUGUUAAUAAUCUAGACAGAUUUUUACAACCCCAAAAAGGAUCUAGUUGGAUUUUAUUGGAAAAGUUUGCUGAAUACUACAACAGAAAAGAAAAUGCUGUUGAUUUUGGAGAAACAUUCAAGUUGUGGAAUGAUAUGUUUGCCACUUUAUAUCAACAAAAAUUUGUAAUGAAAAAUCCAAUGUUACAAUCAGCAUCUCCUUACAAGUAUGAGGAAAUUUCAAAUUAUCAAAAGGGAAUCUAUUUUACAGAAUGGGGAUACGAGGAAAAGUUAAAUUUAUUUAUCAGUCUCUUCGGAUAUGAUGGAACUGAUACGAAUUUACGUGAAUUUCGUAUUCGCCAUAUUCCGUACAAUCAAAUUACAACUGACGAUUCUGUUGAAUUAAUUCCAACUAUUCUUGAACUAUUUCUUGACCUUUACGAUAUAAAUUUAUUGCCGUUUUUAAAAAAAGUCAUCAAAGAUAUUUCAUUAAGUCCCGAAUUGGAACUACGAGUAUUGAAUGGACAUCCUGUAAUGCCUGCCAUUGAUUUUGGUAUAAAUCCUAAAAAUUUGCCAACUAUGAGCUAUGAACGAGAUUUAAGAAAAAUUUCCCCUUUAAUGUUGAUGACAAAAAUGAUGAAAACAUAUUUUAACGUCACGUUUACCAUUGAAUCGACAAUUGAUCUCACAAAUUCUUGUCUAUAUUUGAAUAACGAUUGUCACACUAUUGUUGGAAAACAGGUGAAUGUCAAAUUAUUGUCAGAUGUUUAUUCUGUUUACGUGGUAGAAGAAAUUCUUGGUAAUACGUAUAUCAGUGACGUAACGUAUCAUACCAUUUCACAGACUACGUUUAUUAAUGUUGAAGUAAGAGAAAUUCAAAAAGGCAAAACAUAUUUUCCCUUGAUUCAUUAUAGAUUUGAUGCUCAAGGUUUGGAUAAUAAGGUAUUUUUACAAAUAUUUAUAAAUUACAAGGACAUGAAAUUAUCUUUAAAACAAUUAAGUAAUGCAAUCUAUGAUGAGAAUGAAUAUUUUUCGUUAAACUUAAAACGAAAUGGCUCUACUGUUAUGAAAUAUAAAUUUCCUAAUAAAUCGCAAAAUCAACAAUUGCUCACAAAUGAUGUACUCAAGUUUGAAGUUAAUGAUGAACUACACAUUUACCAUCGCGAACCUAAACGUCUAAAGUUCAAUUUGGAAGGUUAUAAUAAUUCAAUAGCGCAGAAUAAUAUUUUUCUUUUUACAAAUGUUGGUUUGGACAAAAUUUCAAAGAAAAUAGAAAAUUUAAAAUAUUCAUUUGAUGUUUUAGGUUUAGCAUAUUGGAAAUUCUUGCAAAUAAUUAUAAAUUACGAGACUAUGACAAUAGGCUUAGAACAAUUGUUAAAAGAUGCUCAUGUGUAUUUUAAAGGUGAAUUAUAUUUUUCAAUAAGUUUAGAACGAAAUGGUUCUUCCAUUUUUGAAUACAAAAUAAAUGGCACUCAGGAAAAUAAUGAACCGCUUAUAAAUGUAAAACAUAAAUUGAUGGUCAAUGAUAAAAUUCAUUUUUAUCAUGCAGAACCAUUUCGUCUAAUGUUAAAUUCAAAGAAAUAUAAUGAUAUAUUUCAUAAUACUUUUGUCGUUACAAAUGAGGGUUUACUUACAAGUAAUGACUUGAGUAAUAAAAUAACUUCUGCAGAUAUUAAAAGAAUUGAUAAAUUCAAUUCGGAAUACAAUAUUGACUUAAGCUACAAUGCAUUGUAUCAAUAUUAUUUUGCGCAUUAUAUUCGUACAUUGCGUUCUAAUGAUUUGCAAGUUUACAUGCCAUUGAAUUGGCUUUAAAGUCAGAUUAUAAUUAGAUCUAAUGUAAAUUGUUUUCAUAAACUAAAGAAUUUUCUGUAAUUGAGUGUUUUUUAAACAAUAUUAAUAAUUUAAUUGUUAAUUUAUGUUUAACGUGAAUAUGAAAUGUAUAAUUUGAAGUAAAUAUAAAAAUUACGACUCUGUCAAAUUAUUCACACACCAUGGCUGAUUUUUGAAUUUGAUAUUGUGAUUUUGCAAUCCGCAAUUUUAUUAUAUUCUAAUGAAAAUAAAUUUGAAUGUUAAAAUAUUUAAACUCUUAUGUAUCUGCGUUUGUUUUUUGCUAAAAUUUUAUCGUCAUAUCUGAAAAUAACUGGAGCCUUUCAGGAACCAAUGUUAACACUUUCACAGAAAAUUAUUAGGUAUUAAAAUAAGCUGCAACGCUUAUUAUUUUAAUCCAAUUUUGCUUUUUUUAAUGCCUUUUAAUUUUCUGUGUUACAAAGCGCCUACAUCUAGGGUUUCGUGCCUUUUAUAAAUUCUGAACAAAAGUUAUUUGUAUAUUAUAUAAUAAUAAAAUGCUUGGUCUGUCCUUCUGUCCUAACUUGAA